AUGGAUUUCUUUUCCGAGAUUAAUGCACCCACUGUGGCCAUGGCAUCCGCCUUGACGGCUGCUAUGGGCGCUUAUCUGAAUGCGAAGCUGUCUAUCUCCACGGAUCUGUCCGCGCUAUCUAAGGACCGGGCCUGGGGGAAACGCCUAGGCGAGCGCAUUGCUCAACUUGGUGACUCGACGACGAUCUACCGGAUGUUGGAGCGCGUGGUCGAAGUGGAGGGCCAGGCUGCGGCGGAUGCACUUUGGUUUGAGCACAAGACGUGGUCAUACAGCCAACUGAAAGACUUGGUCGACCGCUUUGCUGCGCUUUUGCAGGCGCGAGAUAUCAAGGCGGGGGAUUUCGUCGGUGUCUUCAUGUCCAACUCGCCCGAAAUGGUGGUUGCUUUGUAUGCGCUGUCCAAGCUGGGUGCAGUGGCUGCCAUGAUCAACACCAACCUACGAGACGAUACCUUCGUCCACUGCCUGAAUGUGUCCGGCUCCAAGUCGGUCAUUUCCACCCCGGAUCUGUCUCAGUUUGUAUGUGUGGAGCUGCCACACAUCUCAUUCAAUUUUUCUUCCUUUGAAGGCGUCUCUGCCGGCUCCACGGAGCUUGUCACAUCAACAGAGCUGCAGCAGUUCUCUCCAGCGGGGCUGGCGCCUGCUAAGCGUACUCCUCGGGACUUAACCGCGUUGAUCUAUACCUCCGGGACUACUGGCAAGCCCAAGGCAUGUGCAGUGCGAAAUAUGAUGACACUCAUUACGUCCAAUCCUCAAACAAGCGAAAUCAACAACCUUGCCAAGUACUAUCCAGUCCGCACAUACUCAUCACUCCCGCUCUUCCACGGCACGGCCUUCUUCACUGGACUCUGCUAUUCCGUUGGCAACGCCGGCACAUUAUGUCUCAGGCGCAAGUUCUCCGCCUCCCAGUUCUGGAAAGACGUGCACGACUCGCGCGCAACGCGGAUUCUGUACAUCGGCGAGCUCUGCCGGUAUUUACUAUCUACCCCACCCUCCCCCUACGACCAGGACCACAACUGCAUCGUCGCAACCGGCAACGGGCUCCGCGGCGAGAUCUGGGACCGCUUCCGGCAGCGGUUCAACGUCCCCGAGAUCCGCGAGUUCUACCGCUCGACCGAGGGCGUGGCCAAGUUCGAUAACCACGGCGUAAGCGCCUGGGGUGUCGGCCGAGUAGGAUUUUCAGGCCCGAUUCGCCGAUUCUUAGAAGACGACACCUUGAUUGUGCGCUACGAUCCCGACUCGGAGAUGCCGUUCCGCGAUCCUGCAACGGGGUUCUGUGUGCGCGCCAAGCUGGGCGAGGAGGGCGAGGCGAUUGGCCGGGUCCGGGACCGUGGCUUGCUCACCGAGUACCUGCACAACGAGGAGGCUACCGAGCAGAAGCUGCUGCGCGAUGUCUUCCAGAAAGGAGAUUUGUUCCAGCGCACAGGUGACCUGGUCGUGCAGGAUCUGUCUGGCUGGAUCAAAUUCCAGGACCGUGUUGGUGACACGUUCCGCUGGAAGGGCGAGAAUGUCAGCGCGGGAGAGAUCCGUGACCAUAUCUGUCGCAUUGACGGCGUGCACGAUGCCGUGGUGUAUGGCGUUAAGCUUGGGGGAUACGAUGGCCAGGCCGGUGCCGCGGGCAUCACCCUCGAAGACCACUCGCCCACUGCCGAAGCCCAGCUCACGGCGGCUCUCUACCGGGAACUCAAGAAAAAGGGCGUACCAUCGUACGCCCUGCCUCGGCUGGUCCGAAUCAUUGAGAAGGUUUCCACCGGCUUUACAUUCAAACAGACCAAGGGCGAUCUUGUGAAGAAGAGCUGGGAUCCGCGCACGGACGGGGCUGGUGACUCGCUGUAUUGGUUGAAUGGUACUAAAUAUGAGAAGCUGGAUACGCAGAGCUGGAUGGAGAUUGAGAAUGGCCAGGCUAAACUCUGA